AUAAGGAUCUCUCUUUUGCUCUUCUCCUUCGGUGUUUCAAGGACAAACGGAAUGCGAGCAACGGACUGGAGUGUUGGGAAAAAGUGAUUGAAUAAGAAGUGUGUUUUUCGAUCUGAUGAACGUUCGAGGGAACUCAUGGAAACCCAUUGUGCGAUGAUGAUGUCGAAUCUGUCGUGCGACGGGUGUGCUGACAGCAGUAGCCGGGAUUCUGACAGCAGUAGCAUGAUCGUAGAUCCGGUUAGUCUCGAUAAGAAUGACAUAUCACCGCCGCAGUCGUCAUCCAGUCCAUUGAUUUCCAGUUCGCCGGUUCCAACGAUGACAUCGACGACGGCGAAUUCGUUAAGGUGUCGUGGUAGUGCGAAUAGAAUGACGAAAAAGAUGCCAUACUCGAGGAUGCCGGUAACUUCGGUGGCGUUGUCCUCGAAAUCAACCAGUCAACAGAAAACAUCAACGGCGGGUCAACAGUCUUCCGGUUAUGGAAACGAGAAGAUGUCUUCGUCUUUGAUAAAACCACCUUAUUCUUACAUAGCCCUGAUCACCAUGGCCAUUCUACAAUCACCGCAAAAGAAACUUACGCUAAGUGGCAUAUGUGAAUUUAUAAUGUCACGAUUUCCAUAUUAUCACGACAAAUUUCCAGCCUGGCAAAAUUCUAUCAGGCAUAAUCUCAGCUUGAACGAUUGUUUCAUAAAGAUACCGAGAGAGCCCGGUAAUCCGGGUAAAGGAAAUUAUUGGACAUUGGACCCACUUGCCGAGGAUAUGUUUGACAACGGUAGCUUCUUGCGACGUAGAAAGAGAUACAAGAGGCCACCGCCUCAUUACGUUCUUCGCGAUAGGGCUAUCAUGGCCACCUUUGCCAUUUGCGGUGAUCGUGGACCUUGUGCAGGUGGUGGAGCAGGACAUCCUGGUACAUUGGCUUAUCCCGGCGCUGCGUAUCUUUCGCCGCCACCUGGCCUACCACUUUUGGACUUUUCUCCGUCUACGUUGGAAGCUCUCAAAUUAGGUGCUUUCCUCGAGCCACCGGCACCGCUAUACAAACCCGUACCUAUUACCGCACCACCCAUCAGACAACUCGAACCAACACCGACUAGGACAACAACGACGAUACCAAUGAUCAACGCACAGACCAGCGUAGAGAAGAAAAGAAACUUUAGUAUCGAUGCUCUCAUCGGCAAGCAAACGGUCAGCGAUCAAGGUUGCACCGGUCUUCUCGAUCUUAGUGCGUCGGAGCACAGAGAGAUAAGAAGUCAAGCGUCCGCGUUCUCGCCUCUUGUUUAGAGCAAAUCUUUGAUUGUGCUCGGUAAUUAUCUUUCGAUAUCGAUCGAUAGCGAUUCCUUCGUCCAAGUCGUCCGAUCCACCGAUGUAAUUCACGAUUAAUCAGAUAAUGGAACCCGUCGUAAUGUAAAUUGGAUUUAUAAUAAUCGAGUUGUAUAUCGUAGAGAGAGAGAAAGAGAGAGAGAGAGAGAGAGAGAGAGAGAGAGAGAGAGAGAGAGAGAGAGAGAAUGAAAGACAAAUCUCGACGAAAGGAGUCGCGUGUAUUUCGUUUAAAUGGAUUAAUCAUCGAUCGGUCAUAUUCCUAUAGAGACUCCUUAUCAAAGUGGCUUCAUUUCGUCGGUUUUUAUUAUUAGAGUAAGGGCAUCGUACAGUGAAUGGUGAUUUUAUUUGUAUGGACGAUCGUAUUGAAAAAGGAUGCGAAUAAAUAUUUUCAAUACUCGAUCGUGAUCUCGACAUAUUCCUCUAAUUCAUAUAUCGAUCCUGUGACCGGCUAUUACAAUAGCUAUUAUAGGAUUUAACUAUUGUGAAUUUAAUCAAAAAUGAAUUUCGACAAAUAAUUAUCAAUCGUCGGAAACUCGAGAAAUUAUAUUACAACCAACGGAAGUCAUUGUUUGUUACGAAUCGAUUAUAGUUUUAAUCAACGAUGUAUUCUCUUUUAUUCUCUUUUCUUUUUUUGU